GAUGCGCAUGCGCACCAGAGUCCGUUCGGCGGAAAUAUAUGAGGAAAUGUGGAGGCGUACGCUUCGUCCAUCUAGAUUUUAUUAAGAUGCAAUCCCUUUUCGUAGUUUCAUACGUUCAUCGUUUUAACAAAUAUUGGGAUGCUUUCGUCUUUAGUUCGUUUUUAAGCUAGCCACUCUGCUAUCGCUUUUACUUGUCACCAACUUCUUUUGUCUAUUUAGAGUGAAGGCCCAAAUGUCUACUGACUGUACCUCAGAUAAAAUGCCACCACGUUUUUGAUAUUUAUUUCCCUUAGUUCAUUAAUGGAUUAUGACAUGGCGUAUUUAUUUCACCCUCCGACAUUUUCAAACCAAAAUAAUUAACCUCAGACGUGACUCAUGGCGUCCUCAAAAGCAGAUAGCGCUGUGAGCAAAGACACAAAUUGUUCGAAAGAAAAUAGCAGCGGUUCCUCGGGUGAAACGUCAGACAACCACCAGAUGUAUUGCCUUGAAGACUUGGUGAGCAUCGCCACAGUGGGUACAGGAACCUUUGGUCGAGUAUUCCUGGUUAGGGACAAGACCAGCAGGACCUUCUAUGCUCUGAAACAGAUGAGGAUCCCCGAUGUGAUCCGACUGAAGCAGGAGGAGCAUGUCCACAACGAGAAGGCGGUUUUGAAAGAGGUCAACCACCCCUUCCUCAUACGAUUGUUUUGGACGCACCAUGAUGAUUGCUUCCUUUAUAUGUUGAUGGACUACGUGCCUGGCGGCGAGCUGUUCAGCUACCUUCGCAGCCGAGGCCGCUUCAGUAACGUCACCGGUCUGUUCUACGCCUCUGAGAUCGUCUGUGCGAUCGAGUACCUCCACUCCAAAGACAUAGUUUACCGCGACCUGAAGCCUGAGAACAUCCUGCUGGACAGGGAGGGCCACAUCCGCCUGACUGACUUUGGCUUUGCAAAAAAGCUUUCUGACAGAACCUGGACUCUGUGUGGCACCCCGGAGUAUCUUGCUCCGGAGGUUAUCCAGAGCAAAGGUCAUUGCCGUGCAGUGGACUGGUGGGCUCUUGGCAUUCUCAUCUUUGAAAUGUUGGCCGGGCAUCCACCUUUUUUUGAUGACAAUCCAUUUGGAAUCUACCAGAAGAUCCUGGCAGGAAAACUGGAUUUCCCACGGCAUCUGGAUUUCUACGUCAAAGACCUGAUCAAGAAGUUUCUGGUAAUUGACCGAGCCAGACGGCUGGGCAACAUGAAGAAUGGAGCAGAUGAUGUGAAAAAGCACCGAUGGUUUAAGACCAUCGAUUGGGAGACGGUUCCACUGAGAAAACUCAAGCCUCCGAUAGUUCCCAAAGUUUCCCACGAAGGCGACACCACAAACUUUGAAGUGUACCCCGACGACGAAUGGAAAAAGGACCCUUGUGUUCCGCCGAGAGACUUGGAGAUCUUCAAAAACUUCUGACAACUCAGUCAAAAUCUUUUCUUUAUGGAGAAAAAGACUUUACGGAGAACAACACUUAAGGGAAUACAGUGGACCCCCGCCCCCUCCCCCGCUCCACCACCACCACCACAGAUUCACGCAUCGACAUCCGCAAAAUUCCUUGGCUCCCUUCUUUUGAAUCCAUCCUCCUCGUACUAACUCACUGGCAAAAUAUGGUCUACACCAGGGGUGGCCAACCAGUCAGAGACAAAGAGCCAUUUUUUAAAUUUUUUUUACUGUGUUACUGCAAAGAGCCAUACACAUGGGCAUCCCGUUCUCACGCGCAAGCACACACACACACACACACACACACACACACACACACACACACACACGCACGCACACACGCACACACGCACACGGGUGCCCAUCCAUGCACUCGUGCACAUAUACACACACGCCACAAUAAGCAACAGCCAGAAUGGCCUGAACAUGAACGAAAGCAAAAGACACAAACACACAAAUCACGCCCCCCGCCGCCCCCCCAGCCCAUUUCCUCCUCCCACCCCUUGCGGUCAACUUGGGACCAGUCCACUGGCUCCCGAUCGAUUGGGCACCUCUGCCUUGACAUCAGAGGUAAUUCGCUGACUAGCUUAGCGCUUAGCGCCAUUGUUUGCGCGUGAGUUGUGAUUCAGCCAUCUGAUUGGUUGCCCUCUAUGUCAAUCAAGUAACUGGAUUGAUGAUAGGCUGACGUAGUA